CUUCUCGUAACACUCCAGGCAUGCUGUCGUUACCCCGCAACCCCCACCUCCGUCAUCUACUCCAACCAAGCCACCGUCUGCUGUCUUUCUCGAUUCCGUCUCGCCAGUUUUCAUUCACCAAUCGCACCAUGGCUCAAGAGUACAAGCUCAAGGGCGUGACCUCGCUGUCACUCAAGCCCGGUCAGAAGCAGGAGGCGGAAGUCGAGGGCGUCGACGCUAAAGUCCUUCUCGUAGGCCUUCAGACGGCUGGAAAGGUCGAGGUGCAAGCAGUUGGUGCCAGAUGCACCCAUUACGGCGCUCCGUUGGUCAAGGGCGUCUUGACCACCACGGGACACCUCACUUGCCCCUGGCAUGGAGCUUGCUUUUCUGCCAAAACCGGCGACGUAGAAGAUUCACCAGCCUUGGAUGCCCUCCCCGUCUUUCCUCUCACUGAGCGAGAUGGUGCAUUCUACAUUACCGCCGAAGCAGCCACUAUCAAAAGCUCCAGCAGGAAGCCCAACUUCCAGUGCAGUGUCUCGAGUGACUCCAAAGACAGAGUCGUCGUCGUUGGUGGUGGCUCUGGUGCUCUCGGCGUGGUCGAAGGGCUUCGUGAAAAGGGCUACAGAGGCCAUCUCACCGUCAUCUCCAAGGAGGGCUAUCUCCCCAUUGACAGGCCCAAGCUGAGCAAGGCGUUAAUCACAGACGCCGCCAGGUUGGCAUGGCGGGACAAGAGCUGGUUCGACAGCGGCUCGGUUGAGUGGGUUGACGGCGAAGUCAAUGGUGUCGACUUUUCUGAUCGACACGUUACAACCGCGACUGGGAGCAAGAUUCCCUACACCAAGCUGGUUCUCGCAACUGGAGCGACCCCCAGGACUCUCCCUCUUCAAGGCUUCAAGGAGCUCGGCAACAUCUUUACGCUACGCACUAUUCACGAUACCAAGAAGAUUGUAGCCGCCAUCGGAGACAAGGGCAAGAAGAUUGUCAUCAUCGGCUCGUCCUUUAUUGGCAUGGAAAUUGCCAUCGCCACUGGCGGCGACAACUCAGUGACCGUUGUGGGCAUGGAAAAGGUUCCUCUCGAGCGUGUUCUUGGCGAGCAGGUCGGCGCGGGCAUCCAGAAAGCCUUGGAGGGCAAGGGCAUCAAGUUUUACAUGAGCGCUGGUGUUGACAAGGCCGAGCCGUCCAGCUCGGAUGCCUCCAAGGUGGGUGCUGUCUUCCUCAAGGAUGGCACCAAGCUUGAUGCAGAUCUCGUCAUCUUGGGAGUCGGUGUAUCCCCCGAAACUACCUUUCUCAAGGACAACAAGGCUGUCCAGCUGCGACAGGAUGGGUCUCUUGAGACCGAUUCUCACUUUGCUGUUGCUGGACUCUCAGACGUCUACGCCAUCGGAGACAUUGCUUCGUACCCUUACCAAGGCCCUGGGGGAAAUGGAGCUCUCGUCCGAAUCGAGCACUGGAACGUUGCCCAGAACGCGGGCCGGGCUGUUGCUUCGCACAUUGUGGACCCAUCUCUCACCAGCCAGCAGUUUAUCCCCGUCUUCUGGUCUGCCCUGGGGGCUCAGCUGCGGUACAGCGGCAACACUGCUGCCUCGGGAUGGGAUGAUGUCGUCUUGGAUGGAGAUGUAGCCGCAAGCAAGUUUGUCGCAUACUACACUAAGGGCGAAACCGUCGUGGCAGUUGCGUCCCAAGGCCGCGACCCGACUGUGAUGCAGGUGUCUGCUCUGUUGAAGCUUGGCAAGGCGCCAACCAAGAGCCAGCUGCAAAGUGGCGUGGAUGUAUUUAGCAUUGACGUGUCGGCCUAGUGGCGAUGUAGACUAAGCAUAGUAUAACGAUCAAUGAUACUGAUGACGUGCCUUUGCUUCUGG